AUCAGGUUCUUCGUGCUCCGCAGGGAAUCACGUUUCUCUCUUCCUUUCUCUGCCCCCUGAAUCUUACAGUACACCGGUUCAUUUCCCAUCAAAUCUCAGAAGAGAGAGAUAGAGAGGGGAGAGAGAGACUGGGAAAACAGAGAAAAAUGGCGGACGAAGAAGAAGCAGAGCUAAGCGAGAAGCAGAAGAAGGAGAUAGCAAAGUGGUUCCUCCUCAACUCUCCCCCCGGAGAAAUCCAAUUCGUCGCCAAAGAUGUGAAGGCGGUAAUCAACGACGACGUUUUGUACGGGGAGGCUGCGUCAGAGGCCUUCCCACUGUACAACAAAUCCCACUUGAUUUCCAUCGAAAUGCCGGGCCGAAUCGGCGACGUUAUAGUUACAUCGUAUGGUGAGCUCGGUGAGACCGAGUUCAUUGAUCCCAGGACAGCUCAAGUUGCUGUAGUUGACCACAUUAAACAGGUUUGUACAGAGGUGAGACCUGCACUGGAUGAGGAACUUCCAUCCGCUUAUGUUGAGGAAUUCCGGUGUGCUCUGGAUGCAGAAAUACUUAAAUAUGUUGGUGAAGCUUAUCCGAAAGGAGUCUGCUCAGUGUACUGUGGCAAUGGUAAAGAUAUGGAGGGCCCUGGAUUUGACUUUGAGCUUGUAGUGGUGAUUUCAGCUGCUAGACACAGCCCACAAAAUUUCUGUAAUGGUAGUUGGCGUUCUGUAUGGAGCAUUGAGUUCAAAGAUGAAAUACAAAUGCUGGAAUUAAAAGGCAAACUGCAGGUAGGUGCCCACUAUUUUGAGGAGGGCAAUGUGCAGUUAGAUGCAAAACAUGAAUGCAAAGAUACAACAAUUUUUCAGUCCUCUGAAGAUAGUGCAAUUGCCAUUAGCAACAUUAUUCGUCAACACGAGACCGAGUACCUAACAUCUCUUGAGGCAUCUUAUUCAAAUUUGCCUGAUACCACUUUCAAGGAUCUUCGAAGAAAGCUUCCAGUUACGCGCACCCUAUUUCCGUGGCAGAAUACCUUGCAGUUCAGCUUGACGAGAGACAUCACCAAAGAACUUGGCAUCGGAAAGUGAGUUCACCUUUUCAAAUGAAGAUGUUCAGCCAAGAGAGCGAGUUUCUUCCCAUAUAGACCCAUAGCUUGAGUAUGCCAAUCGUACUUAGGGUUUGCCUACCUAUGAUUCUUCCCUUUUGCUCGUUUCCAUUCUGAGUCAUGUCUCCGCCAUUGGAGCUUCUCUCCCUCAGUUUUGGUGCACUGUAAUAUAAUUGUUGUUUAUGUUGUGUAUAGUAAAAGGGUUGUGGCUGUUUCUCGUUGUGUUAUGAACUUGUCAAUGCGGAGGACGUUGCGGAGUUUGUAUUUGUAAUUGUUAUGAAGAGUGGCUUAAUUUGUGUA